AAAGAAAGAAAGAAAAUCCAGCAUUCUGCUGCUUCUACUUCUGCCGGUCAAGGGGCUGUGCCCUGUGGCCCCAGGGACUCAGUUCCUUCCAAAAUAGCUGUUUUGUUGCAUCGGAAUUUCUCAUCUUACUAGAGAGUUCAGACCACGUCUGGAAGGUGGAAGGAUCGUAGAAGAACUGUCGCAACAUUGAAAUCCAAAUGACACAGCCAAUGUUUCCACCAAGUCGAACAGCCAGCCGAUGGUGCGCAGAGGCCAAGAAACACUGCUGGUAUUUUGAAGGGCUCUACCCAACAUACUACAUAUGCCGCCCCUACGAGGACUGCUGCGGGUCUCGGUGCUGCGUGCGGGCCCUCUCCAUCCAGCGGCUCUGGUACUUCUGGUUCCUCCUCAUGAUGGGGGUCCUCUUCUGCUGCGGAGCCGGCUUCUUCAUCCGCAGGCGCAUGUACCCACCGCCGCUGAUCGAGGAGCCCGCCUUCAACGUGUCCUACACCAGGCAGCCCCCGAACCCGGCUCCAGGAGCCCAGCCGCCGGGGCUGCCCUAUUACACCGACCCCGGAGGAGCGGGGAUGAAUCCUGCCGGGAAUCCCGUGGCGAUGGCUUUCCAGGUCCAGCCCAACUCACCCCACGGGAGCGUGGCCUACCCUCCGCCGCCUUCCUACUGCAACACGCCCCCGCCCCCCUACGAACAGGUGGUGAAGGCCAAGUAGGGGGCAUGCAGCCCGAGCCUCCCUGGCUGCCGUCCCUGUCUCCGUCAGUGCUCGCUUCCGGAAUGGCCUGGGAGCCACC